GAGAUUCGAUCCCCGGACCCAACACUGGAGCAGUUGGAUACAGGUGGACGCAGGGACACAACAUACGAGAGAGAGGAAAGACGUCUGAACUUUCAUCGUCUUCGUCAUUAUCAUCAAGAUCACAGUUCAGGUCGAACUACUACGGAGUCGACCUCGUUUUGUCAGGGCUGUUGGAUUUCCAUCCUUCUAUACCCGUCAGAUUCAGCUGUAGUUCGAUGUACUUGAUACCGAAACCCUAGGAGUACUUUCCUCGAGAAACAUUAGUUCUUCAUAUCCUUUCUGCAAAUCAUACUCAACAUUUGAGUUGGUGUUGGGAGCGUGGUUGGUAGUUCAUGACAGAACAGUAUUAGCUUGUCGUUCUGCUGGGGGUGCUUGAGAUGAGAUUAAGGACUCAUUAAAUCGUGUGCACUGUGUUGUCUUUGCCUUAUUUCUUAUUUGAGCUAGCAAGUUUUGUAUACACUGUUAUCAGCUAGUGUUGCUCAAGGGUUGUUAAAAGUACCGGCCCUUCUGACUUUAGGAGAUCUUGUUAGAAAUUUUCCUGAUGAAGUCGCAGGAUACAUUUACUAUUUUGUAUUGAAUAAAGGGAAAAUGCUACUAAAUUGGAAGAAACCCAACAUCAAGCUCACCCUUACUUCCUCAGAAUACAUUUUAUUCGUGUUCUCUGGAACAUCAAGGAGUAAAGUGGGUGUUAAUGGUGUUAUGUAAGAAGAAGCCAUGGAGUAUGUAUCAGAGAAAAGAUUCCCCGUCAAUGCAAAGGAUUAUAAAUUAUAUGAAGAAGUUGGUGAAGGAGUCAGCGCCUCUGUGUACAGGGCUCUCUGCGUUCCACUUAAUGAGAUAGUUGCAAUCAAGGUUCUUGAUCUAGAAAAGUGCAAUAAUGACCUGGAUGGCAUCCGACGAGAGGUACAUACAAUGAGCUUGAUUGACCAUCCAAAUGUAUUACGGGCGCAUUGCUCUUUCACUUCUGGCCACAGCCUUUGGGUUGUGAUGCCAUACAUGUCUGGUGGGUCCUGCCUUCAUAUAAUGAAGUCUGGUUAUCCUGAAGGUUUUGAAGAACCUGUUAUUGCUACUUUAUUACGUGAGGUUCUGAAAGCUCUUGUUUAUCUUCAUGCCCAUGGUUACAUCCAUAGAGAUGUGAAGGCUGGGAAUAUCUUAAUUGAUUCUAAUGGUGUAGUCAAGUUAGCUGAUUUUGGUGUGUCAGCAGGCAUGUUUGAUACUGGAGAUAGGCAACGUUCCAGAAAUACUUUUGUUGGGACUCCAUGCUGGAUGGCUCCUGAAGUUAUGCAGCAAUUGCAUGGUUAUGACUUCAAAGCAGAUAUAUGGUCAUUUGGAAUAACAGCACUUGAACUUGCUCAUGGCCAUGCCCCAUUUUCCAAGUACCCACCAAUGAAAGUUUUGCUGAUGACAUUACAAAAUGCACCUCCAGGUUUGGACUAUGAAAGAGACAAGAGAUUUUCAAAGUCCUUCAAAGAGAUGGUAGCCACUUGCUUAGUGAAGGAUCCAAAAAAACGUCCAGCUUCAGAAAAGCUAUUAAAGCAUCAUUUUUUUAAACAAGCACGCCCAAACGAAUAUCUGGCUAAUACCAUUCUCGAUGGCCUUGCUCCUUUGGGUGAUCGGUUUAGGAUGCUGAAGGCAAAAGAGGCCGAUCUUCUUGUGCAGAACAAAGCUCUCUAUGGGGAUAAGGAUCAGUUAUCUCAGCAAGAGUACAUUCGAGGCAUAAGUGCCUGGAAUUUCAACCUUGAGGAUUUAAAAACUCAGGCUGCCCUUAUUCAGGAUGAUGGCAUGCCAAAUGCCGAAGAUCAGGAUGUUACUAAGAAGCAAAAAGACAGACAUGAUGAUGUCGUGUUCCCAGCUGAGAGACAGUCCCGGGAAAGGGUCAGCAACGAAAAUGCUCCACCUAAUCAUGAGGAUGGUUUCAAUGAUCUUCAUGAUUUGGAGAGUUCACUUCAUUCAUUUCCAAUAAAACCUCUUCAAGCACUUAAGGGUUGUUUUGAUGUUUGUGAGGAUGAUGAUAUUGUGAGUAGUCCAAUAGCUGUGGAUCAAAGAAAUGGAAGAAGUGAGAGUGAGAGUUCAGAACAGAGUUUUCUUUUACCACGGCAUGUCAUUCCUGAGCAUAAAAAAUUUUUGAGUGGUUCGCUACUGCAAGAGAACGCUCUAUCUCCUAAAAGAUUUCUUGGUGAUGGGGAUAGGGAUUAUCUACAGCCAAAAUUUCAAGCCGACCGUAACUAUAGUGGUUCAUUGUUGUACCGUCAGAAGAAAGAUGCCAAUAACAUUUCAUCAGUUGAGGAUUCAUCAGAAGGAGCGGUUGUUCAACGUAAAGGGCGCUUUAAAGUCACUUCGGCUGACCUCAGCCCCAAGGGUCCUACAAGCUGCAUAUUUAGCCCAAUUUCUGGAUGUUCAGCCAAUCCAACAAGCCCUAGCCUUACAUCUUCCUCAAUUCUCCCGUCUUUGCAAUGUAUUCUGCAGCAGAAUGCCAUGCAAAGGGAAGAACUCAUUAAAUUGAUUAAGUAUGUGGAACAAACCUCUGGCAAGCAAGCAGAGUCAGCUGAAGCUGUCCCAAGUGACCUGUUGCAGAUGCCUCCUGCUACCUCCAGGGAGAAAGAGCUUCAGUUUCAGGUGAACCAUCUGCAACGAAGUGUUGAGAGUCUUGUUGAGGAAUUGCGGAGACAUAAGAUGAAAAAUGCCCAGUUAGAAAAACAAUUGAAUGCUUUGGUCAACAGAGAAAAGUUUAGAAAAGAGGAUGAAGAAGCACAAUGAUGUUUUUCAUAUUUGCCAGCACGCACCUUGUUACUGAAAAAAAGGGUGUUAUUUCUGCAGAAGUUGGUGUGAUAAAGCAUGAUGCGAAACAUCUGAUUAUUUCUUAGUGCCUAGUGAGGGUCUCUAUGAUAUACUUCUGAGGUAUAGGGCUUCUUUUUUCUAUUGUAUUUUAGUGUAUCAUAAUCCAUGUGUGAAGGUGUGUGUUAAGCCAGAUACGCAAUUUUGAUAUCAUAUUCCUCGAGUCCAACUGUGUAACAUGUAAUUUAUUUGACUGUAUAAUGUAAUUAUAUUUCAUUUUGGCUCUC